GGAGCAGCGUAUUAACGUGGGGAUUUUUCUCUGGACUACCAAGUUAAUCAAUUUACACAUCACUUUCACUUGAAGCCCCAUUGCCGUGUGGAUAUUAAUCGUAGCCUACUAUCGAUUCCCGUCGAGAGAAAGAAUGCCUGAGGACCUCUCCGCGGCCAAAGCCUUCUACAUGGGCAUGGAGGUCGUGAUCGCUGUGUCAUCCGUGAUAGGAAACGUGAUGGUGGUUUGGGCGGUAAAAAUUAAUAGAUCACUUAGAGAUACUACGUUUUGCUUCAUUGUUUCUCUGGCGCUCGCGGACAUUGCAGUAGGAGCGCUGGUCAUACCACUGGCGAUAACUAUAAGUAUCGGAUUCCAGACUCACUUCUACAGCUGUCUGCUGGUGGCGUGCACGGUGCUGGUUCUGACCCAAAGUUCCAUCCUCGCCUUGCUCGCUAUAGCCAUCGACCGAUACCUGAGGGUCAAGAUCCCAACCAGUUAUAAGCGAGUGGUCACUCCCAAACGAGCUGGAAUUGCAGUAUUCAUGUGUUGGACGGUGGCCUUUAUAGUCGGCUUGACUCCCAUGCUUGGCUGGAACAAUUUACACAACCUGCAACAUAAUGACAACGGCUCAAUCGGCCUUGACCUCAUCGUCACCUGCCAGUUUGAGAACGUCAUCAGCAUGGAGUACAUGGUCUACUUCAACUUUUUCAGUUGGGUGCUUCCCCCUCUGCUUUUCAUGCUCAUCAUUUACUCUGAAAUCUUCUACAUGAUCCACAAGCAGCUAAAUACGAAGGUGUCCUGCCACUCUGAACCAAAUAAGUAUUACGACAAAGAACUGAAGUUGGCAAAGUCUCUGGCGCUAGUCCUUUUCUUGUUCGCUGUUAGCUGGCUUCCUCUCCACAUUAUGAACUGCAUCACACUCUUCUGUCCAAACUGUGAGAAACCCAUGUUUCUCAUUUAUAUUGCAAUUCUGCUGUCGCAUGGCAAUUCUGCUGUCAACCCUAUUGUUUAUGCUUUCCGCAUCAACAAAUUUCGUACUGCGUUUCAUAGGAUCUGGAAGCAGUACUUCUGCUGCAAGGAGGCUCCUCCCCCUGAGAGCCAGCCAUGCGUGAGACUGGAUAACAACCACUACAUCGCUGCCGCCAUCGCUUUGGAACAUAGCGUCUGACUGGCAUCCCAGGACUCUCUAAGGAGGUCGAAUA